UACUAAGUAAUUGACACUGACAGCUUAAAUCCAUGUAACAACAAAAAACUAAAUACUAAAUUGAAUUAUUACGUUUUCGAAGGCCUUGUAACUUCUAAUAAUAUCAAUAAUAAGAGAAAUGGCUCAACAAGUACCUAAAGUAAAGUUUUCAAAUGGAUUCGAGUGCCCAAUACUGGGUAUUGGGACUUGGAAGUCGCAACCCGGUGAAGUAACCCAAGCAGUGAAGGAUGCGAUCGACAUCGGCUACAGACACAUUGACUGUGCAUUUGUGUACGGCAAUGAAAAGGAGGUUGGGGAGGCCAUCACUCAGAAAAUUGCGGAUGGAACUGUUAAGCGAGAGGACCUGUUCAUCACCUCCAAACUCUGGAACACCUUCCAUCGCCCGGACCUGGUGCGUGGUGCUCUUCAGGAGACCCUGAAAAACCUCAACCUCCAAUACCUGGAUCUGUACCUCAUUCACUGGCCUCAGGCUUACAAGGAAGGCGGUCCACUCUUCCCCGAAGACGAUUCAGGCAAGAUCAUAUUCUCAGAUGUGGACUAUGUUGACACUUGGAAAGCCAUGGAGCCCUUAGUGGGUGAGGGUCUGGUCAAGAGUCUGGGCAUCUCCAACUUCAAUUCGAAGCAGGUGAAGAGGUUAUUGGAACAUGUUACCGUGAAGCCCGUUGUGAACCAGGUGGAGUGCCACCCCUACCUGAGCCAGGUCCGCUUGCAAGAGUUCUGCAAGUCCCACGGCAUCCUAAUCACAGCUUACUCCCCACUCGGCUCCCCGGACAGACCCUGGGCUCGACCCGGAGACCCACAACUCUUGGAUGACCCCAAGCUGAAGGCUAUCGCGGAUAAGAUUGGCAAGACUGUCGCUCAGGUGCUUAUAAGAUAUCAAAUCGACCGCGGCAACAUCGUGAUACCGAAAUCGGUCAACAAAUCUCGCAUUGCGUCCAAUUUUGAUGUUUUUGACUUCAAAUUGUCCGCUGAUGACCUCAAGCUUAUCAACUCGUUCGACUGCAACGGACGUUUCGUGCCGAUGACAGCAUCACUCGGCCACAAGUAUCACCCGUUUGAAAAUGAAGACUUUUAAAAUUUUAUACAUAUUUCUAUGUAGGUGUUAUGAAUGAAUUUAUAUGUUUAUUGUAAAUAAAUAAAGUGC